AUGAGUUCGCUCAAAGAAAGAAAACAAGAUUUUGUCACGGGUCUAAGUGGUGGUGAAAUCACAGAGAUCAAUCAAGUCACAUCAAUUGCUUUAGUGGCAUAUUUUUCUUGGGGAUUGAUUAAUAAAUACACCAAUUUGUUCAAAGGUGAAAAGAAAUGGGAAUUUGGUAGUCUAUUGAUAGACUUUCUAUUGAAUUGGGCUGGUUUAUUACUAUCAGUGACUAUAUACUCUAGUAUUCCAGGUAUAUUGGCUUUGUCUAUUUUGAUACCAGCAAUCUCAUUAUGUGUUAUAUUAGGAAACAAAAAUGCAUCAUCAACUCAAAAAACCAAAGCUCCAAAAGAAUUAACUGAUAAAACAUAUUUGCCUAAAAAAUCAUUUAUUACUGCAUAUAGAGGUGGCAUGCUCGUGAUUACUGCUAUUGCUAUCUUAGCUGUUGAUUUUCAAAUAUUUCCUAGAAGAUUUGCCAAAGUCGAAACUUGGGGUACUUCACUCAUGGAUUUAGGUGUUGGUUCAUUUGUAUUUUCAAUGGGGAUCGUAUCAACAAGAAGUGUUUUACUGGAAAAAUUUAAUAAUGUCAAGGUAAAUUAUUUCAAAAAAGCAUGGAAAACAGUUACAAGCAGUAUCACUGUUCUAGCAUUGGGAUUUUUAAGACUCUUCUUUGUUAAGAAUCUUGAUUAUCAAGAACAUGUUUCUGAAUAUGGUGUUCACUGGAAUUUUUUUAUAACUUUGGUUUUAGUCGGACCGAUUGCAAUUUUCUUAGAUCCUGUUUUCAAGUUGAUUCCACGUUCUUUGGUAUCUUUAAUUGUUACAUUUACAUAUGAAUGGUUCAUCGUUAACAAAGAAGGUUUCUUAACCUAUUUAUUGCUGGCCCCAAGAACUGAUUUUGUUUCAUCUAAUAAAGAAGGUAUCUUCUCAUUAUUUGGAUAUUUGGCUAUCUUCUUAGCUGGUCAAUCUACAGGAUUUUACGUGUUACCAUCGGUGAAAUCUAGAUAUAAUUUGUUUGUUCCAAGUACAAAAGAGAACGUUAACAAAACUUCCACUACCAAACCUUCGUUGCUUCAAAAACUUACAACAGUGUCACCAAUUACAGGCUUACUCAUAUGGUUCACUGUAUAUGGCCUUUUAUUUGCCACAGUUAGAGCACAACAUGAUUAUGGUGUUUCAAGAAGGCUUGCAAAUCUGCCAUAUGUAUUAUGGGUUUGUACCUAUAAUACUGGAUCUUUGGUAUUUUAUUCUUUGAUAACCAAAUUUUUGGAACCACCAAAUUCGGACUAUAACGAUCAAGUGCCAGUAUCUUUAGAAUCGUUCAACUCAAACGGUAUGAUCUUGUUCUUGGUCUCCAAUGUUUCCACUGGAUUAGUCAAUAUGACUAUCAACACCUUAGAUGCCUCUACCGGGGUAAGCAUAACAGUUUUGUUCUUGUAUACAUUAUUUGUUGCAUCCGUUGCGGCAUUCUUGUAUUAUAAAAAAAUCUUUUUAAAGAUUUGA